AUGUCGUUAGACGUAUCCGCUGUCAGCACGCUCGAGGAUGUUGCUAUCGUUGACAUCAACAACCUCUCUCCGUCUUGGAACACAUACUGCUUUAAUCUUAACAUUAACACUCCAGGGAUCAAGAAAAUUGUCCUUCAAUUCAAAGAACCUGAACCUGUUCCUCAGCUUGUCUCAGACACCAAAGACUCAGAGAUCCUCUCGUCAGGUGGAUUCAAAACAGAGGAAGGCUUGCUUAAGACGGAGGCUAAAGAGGCCAGGAUUGAGGGGGGGUGGGGGGUGAAAAUCAAAUCUGAGGAUGAUGAUUUUGACUGCGUUCCUCAAUGGGUUGCUUGCCAUAAUCCGAACCCGGACCCAGAAGAUCGCUUCGCGCCUUGGCAAUACAUUGUGCGCCCCUUCGAUGCAAGGAACAUUCCCAUCGAGGCUGACAAAGGAGAUCGUGCUGAGCAGGAACGCCAACGUAAAGAGCUCGAAGAGAUCGAGAUAUUCGAGUGUGCUAUAAAGCGUCGUAGAACCUGA